UGAGUUCUUUCGGCCUUCGCUCAACACAAGGCAGCAUCUCAUGAUUCAUUCAGCCAAACACAGACACCACAAGACGGGCUAGACAACAUACACUAUCCGAGCCGGGAAAUCAAGAGGCUGGGGGUCCAAACUCAAAGGAACAAGUUUCCCACUAGAAAGGCGGAACUAGCUAUCUUGUCAUGGCGGAUGUUGGGGAGGUUUUGAUGUCGGUUUUGUCCACAAUUCGGGUUCCGAAGCCCGGGGACCGUGUCCACAAAGACGAAUGCGCCUUGUCAUUUUCCUCUCCGGAAAGCGAAGGAGGCCUGUAUGUGUGCAUGAACAGUUUCCUUGGCUUUGGGAGGCAGUAUGUGGAACGGCACCAUGCCCGGACUGGCCAGAGGGCUUACUUUCACAUCACCCGGACUCGCAAAGCUAAGGAAGAUGACAGUAACUCUGGAUCUGGACACCCGCCCAAGAAAAAGCCCACCAGACUGGCUAUAGGGAUUGAAGGAGGGUUCGAUGUGGAGCAGGAGCUGUAUGAGGAGGACUAUAAGGUGGUAAUUUUACCUGACAGACAGGAAGUGACAUCAGACGACCUUGCAACCAUGCCUGACGUUGUGAGAGAGCGGGUGUCCCUGUCAAUGGCGGGGAUCAUGUCAGCCGACUCAGUGUCUCAUGCCUUACAAGUUCAGCAGUGGGAUGGAGAGUUGAGACAGGAGUCAAGGCACGCCCCCGAACUGAAACAGCUUGACAACGGAGUCAAGAUCCCACCCAGUGGCUGGCGGUGUGAGGUGUGUGACCUCCAGGAGAACAUUUGGAUGAACCUGACGGAUGGCAAAAUGAUGUGCGGCCGAAGGUAUUUUGAUGGCUCCGGGGGCAACAACCACGCCCUCCUCCACUUCCAGCAGACUGGAUUCCCUAUUGCCGUCAAACUUGGCACCAUCACUCCCGAUGGAGGAGAUGUGUACUCCUACGAUGAGGAUGACAUGGUUCUGGAUUCCAAGCUUCCGGAGCACCUGGCUCACUUUGGCAUCAACAUGAUGACCAUGGAGAAGACUGAGCGGACGAUGACAGAGCUGGAGAUCGCUGUGAACCAGCGCGUUGGGGAGUGGGAGGUGAUCCAGGAGUCGGGGACCACCCUGCGGCCCCUGUUCGGCCCCGGUGUGACUGGCAUGAAGAAUCUGGGCAACAGCUGCUACCUCAACUCUGUCAUGCAAGUGCUCUUCACCGUGCCAGACUUCCAGCAAAAGUACGUGUCUAACAUCGACAAGAUCAUUGAUGAAGCCCCAAGCGACCCCACCCAGGACUUCAAAACCCAAGUAGCCAAGCUCGGCUACGGUCUGUUGUCAGGAGACUAUUCCAAACCAGCACCAGACCCUGCAGAUGAAACUGGUGCAUCUGAACCCAGGGGAGACCAAAUCGGCAUAGCACCUCGAAUGUUCAAAGCACUCGUUGGGCGAGGCCACCCAGAGUUCUCCACCAACCGGCAACAGGAUGCUCAGGAGUUUUUAUUGCACUUCAUAAACAUGGUGGAGAGGAACUGUCGCACUGGGUCCAACCCGUCUGAAGCCUUCAGGUUCCUGGUGGAGGAGAGGAUUGUGUGUCAGCAGUCGCAGAAAGCCAAGUACACACAGAGGGUGGAUUACAUGGUGCAACUGCCAGUGCAGAUGGAGCAGGCCACCAACACAGAAGAGCUUCAGGAGGCAGAGCGCCGGCGUGAGGAGGGGGACAGCUCCGCCCCCACAGUGCGAGCUCAGAUCCCCUUCACAGCCUGCAUGGCGGCGCUGAAUGAACCCGAGGUGCUCACAGACUUCUGGAGCUCAGCCGUGCAGUCCAAGACUACUGCCACCAAAACGACCCGCUUCGCCUCUUUCCCCGAUCACCUGGUCAUCCAGAUUAAGAAGUUCACCUUCGGCCUGGACUGGGUGCCCAAGAAACUGGACGUGAGCAUCGACGUUCCCGACACUCUGGACCUGAGCGCGCUGCGAGCCACCGGUCAGCAGCCGGGGGAGGAGCUUCUUCCUGAGGUGGCCCCGCCCCCUCUCAUGACCCCAGACGUGGAGGUUAAAGGUAUCCUGGGUUUCCAUGGCAACGAGGAAGACGACUCUCUCUACUCCCCACUGCUGUCUCCAGUGCUCGACGACUCCACUGUGUCCCAGCUUUGUGAGAUGGGAUUCCCCCUGGAGGCGUGCAGGAAGGCGGUGUACUACACUGGGAACACUGGGAUCGAUGCUGCCAUGAACUGGAUCAUGGGCCACAUGGAUGACGCAGACUUCGCCUCCCCCCUGGUGAUGCCGGGCUGCAGCUCCGGCACCACGCCCACUGAGAGCCUCUCUGAGGAGCACCUGGCCACCAUCGUGUCCAUGGGCUUCAGCCGGGAACAGGCCACCAAAGCACUCAGAGCCACGAGUAAUGUCCUGGACCGGGCGGUGGACUGGAUCUUCUCCCACCUGGACGACCUGGAGUCGAUGGACGUGUCUGAAGGCGGUCGCUCAGCGGCAGAGAGCGAGGGCGGCAGGGAGCCCCCCCCACCUGGCCCCCGGGUCAAAGACGGACCAGGAAAGUACGAGCUGUUUGCGUUCAUCAGUCACAUGGGGACGAGCACAAUGUGCGGCCACUACGUCUGCCACAUCAAGAAGGAUCACCAGUAAGUCUUUCUUUCAUUAUGUAUUUUUAUUCUUAC